AUGGCGGAAUCGAGCGAAGAGUGCAGACGAUUGCCGGCGUCGGCAUCGGCGGAUGAACUGAAAAGAGAGUUGCAGAGAAGGGUGAAUUCUAUAAUUGAAGACGCUGAUUACAGUAUAGAAGACACUGAUGAAGCCAUGCAUUGUUUGAGUGCUCUAAAAGAGUUGAAAGUGAGACCUACUCCACCCCUUGAAUAUCUUUGCCCACUCUCUCAUCAGCUUAUGAAAGACCCUGUUGUUCUUGCUUCUGGACAGACAUAUGACAGACUAUUCAUUGAAAAGUGGCUCAACAAAGGUAGUCGAACCUGCCCUGAAACAAAGGAGGUUCUCCCCCAUUCAGAUCUCAUCCCAAAUCUUCUAAUGAGAAAACUUAUUUCACUCUGGUGCAACGACCAUGGAAUCGAGCUGCCUGAUAAGGAGGAGCAGGGUAUAAUCCCAGAAUCAGACCGAUAUCAUUUCAAUUCACUGCUUGACACAUUGUCAUCUAAUGAUGAUGUUCUGGAGAAGAUGAAGGCUGCAAAACUAGUUUGUAUUCUAACUAAACGCUUUCCACCUCUACGGGCUUUUUUUGAAGAGGACAGUGUUGCUGUUACCAAAUUGCUAGAACCUCUAAUGUCUGGAAAUGUGAAUGAUCAUCCUAAACUACAAGAAGAUUUGAUCACAACAGUUAUGAACAUCUCAUUACAUGACCCCAAUAAAAAGCUUAUAGCAACAAAUCCUAUUGUCAUUCCUUUACUUGUUGAGUCUUUGAAAUUCGGAACACUUGAAACAAGAAGCAACUCUACUGCUGCUCUCUGCACACUAUCAUCACUUGAGUCAAACAAGUGUAUUAUAAUGAAGGCAGGUGCUCUCGAGCCUUUAGUCAAACUCCUGGAUGAAGGACCACUGUUGGCCAUGAAAGAUGCUGCUGCAGCAAUUGUUAGUCUCGGUGUUGUCAAAGAAAAUAGGUCUAUAGCUGUUUUUGAAGGAGCAGUAAAGGUGAUCAUGAAGAAGAUCACCGAUCGCAUACCCGUUGAUGAAUUUAUCAUUAAGGAGGACACAAGUGAUAAAAGCAAGGAGCACUGCAUCGCGAUUCUUCACACACUGUGUUAUAAUGACAGAACAAGGUUGCAAGAGAUGUGGAGAGAUGAGAGUGUUAAUGGGACUAUAGCUAAUCUUGCCCUAAACGGGACCACUAGAGCCAAGAGGAAGGCGAAAGAAAUCGUUGAGCAGAUUGACAAAUAUUUCUCUGGUAGUUGA